AUGGAGGAACAGCUAAUACAGAGGUUGGAAUUGGCGGUGGGGCGUUUGGAGGGGCUGUCCGGGGGAUUCCGGCAGGGAGCUUCACCGGAGAGCGCCGGAGAUGCAGCGGCGGCGGCAUCGGAUCCGUCAAUCGUUGCAUUUGAUGACCUUAUGGCGCAGUACGUUGGUAGGGUUUCGAGUGCUGCGGAGAAGAUUGGGGGACAGGUUCUGGAUGUGACCAAGGUUAUCGAAGAGGCGUUUUCUGUUCAGAAAGAGCUUCUCACCAUUGUCAAGCAAACUCAGAAACCUGACAUGGCAGGUUUGUCUGAAUUUCUCAAGCCGUUAAAUGAAGUGAUUACGAAGGCAGUUGCAAUGACAGAAGGAAAGCGAGCGGAACUCUUCAACCACUUGAAGACUGCUGUUGACAGUCUCACAGCUCUAGCAUGGAUAGCAUAUACGGGCAAAGACUGCGGUAUGAGCAUGCCUACUGCACAUGUGGAAGAAAGUUGGCAAAUGGCUGAAUUUUACAACAACAAGAUUCUUGUAGAGUACAAAAGUAAAGACCCAAAUCAUUCGGAGUGGGCAAAAGCUCUGAAGGAGCUUUAUAUAACAGGUUUACGGGAUUAUGUUAAGAGUCAUUACCCUUUGGGACCUGUAUGGAAUGCCACAGGUAAAACAACUGUGUCUGUUCCAUCAAAAGCUCCUACACCAAGUGGUCCUGCCCCUCCACCUCCUCCACCAGCUUCACUCUUCAGUUCUGAAUCGCCUCGGCCUUCAUCGUCACGCCCAAAGGAGGGGAUGGCCGCUGUCUUCCAAGAAAUUAAUUCAGGGAAGUCAGUGACAUCAGGUUUGAAAAAGGUCACAGACGAUAUGAAAACAAAGAACCGCUCAGACAGGACCGGUGUUGUUGGUGCUGGGGAAAAAGAAGGUCGUGCCAGUGUACCCUCUUUUGCCAAAGCAGCACCUCCAAAAUUCGAGCUUCAAGUGGGCCGUAAGUGGGUAGUUGAGUAUCAAAUAGGAAAGAAAGAUUUAGUGAUUGAAGAUUGUGAUGCAAAGCAGUCUGUAUACAUUUUUAGUUGCAAAGAUUCUGUUUUACAGAUCCAAGGGAAAGUUAACAACAUAACAGUUGAUAAAUGCACUAAGAUGGGAGUUGUAUUCACGGAUGUUGUGGCUGCUUGUGAGAUUGUAAACAGCAAUGGCGUUGAGGUGCAAUGCCAGGGUUCAGCUCCAACAAUUUCAGUGGACAACACGGCCGGUUGCCAGUUAUAUUUAAGCAACGACUCUUUGGGCACUUCUAUAACAGCAGCCAAGUCAAGUGAAAUCAAUGUAUUGGUACCUGGUGCUGGGCCUGAUGAUGAUUGGGGGGAGCAUGUUUUGCCUCAGCAGUUUGUUCAUGCAUACAAGGAUGGCCAGUUUGUAACAUCUCCUGUCUCCCACUCUGGAGGGUGA